GCCUGACCCCGGUGUAGGGUCGGAACAAGGCCGGCAGGGCCCGCAGGGUCGCCACGAUGGACUCACUGGCAGCACCCCAGGACCGCCUGGUGGAGCAGCUGCUGUCGCCGCGCACCCAGGCCCAGAGGCGGCUCAAGGACAUCGACAAGCAGUACGUUGGCUUCGCCACACUGCCCAACCAGGUGCACCGGAAGUCAGUGAAGAAGGGCUUCGACUUCACCCUCAUGGUGGCUGGUGAGUCCGGCCUGGGGAAGUCUACUCUUGUCCACAGCCUCUUUCUGACUGACCUGUACAAGGACCGGAAGCUUCUGAGUGCUGAGGAACGGAUCAACCAGACAGUCGAGAUCCUGAAACACACCGUUGACAUUGAGGAGAAGGGAGUCAAGUUGAAGCUCACCAUUGUGGACACACCCGGCUUUGGGGACGCCGUGAACAACUCGGAGUGUUGGAAGCCCAUCACCGACUAUGUGGACCAGCAGUUUGAGCAGUAUUUCCGCGAUGAGAGUGGCCUCAACCGAAAGAACAUCCAAGACAACCGGGUGCACUGCUGCCUGUACUUUAUCUCCCCGUUUGGACACGGAUUGAGGCCAGUGGAUGUGGGUUUCAUGAAGGCAUUGCAUGAAAAGGUGAACAUCGUUCCACUCAUCGCCAAAGCUGACUGCCUGGUUCCCAGUGAGAUCCGGAAGCUGAAGGAUAGGAUACGGGAGGAGAUUGACAAGUUUGGGAUCCAUGUGUACCAGUUUCCAGAAUGCGACUCAGAUGAAGAUGAAGACUUCAAGCAACAGGACCGGGAACUGAAGGAAAGUGCGCCCUUCGCUGUUAUCGGCAGCAACACUGUGGUGGAGGCGAAGGGGCAGCGGGUCCGGGGACGACUGUACCCCUGGGGGAUCGUCGAAGUGGAGAAUCAGGCGCACUGCGAUUUUGUGAAGCUUCGGAACAUGCUAAUUCGAACUCAUAUGCAUGACCUGAAGGAUGUGACAUGCGAUGUGCACUACGAGAACUACCGUGCCCACUGCAUCCAGCAGAUGACCAGCAAACUCACACAGGACAGCCGGAUGGAGAGCCCCAUCCCUAUCCUCCCACUGCCCACCCCGGACGCAGAGACAGAGAAGCUCAUCAGGAUGAAGGACGAAGAGCUAAGGCGCAUGCAGGAGAUGUUGCAGAAGAUGAAGCAGCAAAUGCAAGACCAGUGACACUCGGCCCCAGCCCCACAUCGCCAAGGAUAGAUGGCCGGUUUCCGGGCUGGCUCCUCCUAUCCCUGGAUCCCAGACUGUCCUGGAUUCUACCCUGGGUUCAUCUGGAUCUCAGACAGCCUGGACCUAACCCUAACCCAAAGUGGCUUUGACCAAACUGUUCAGACCUGGAGCCACAGCCACAGCCCCCAGAUGACCCUAAUUUAUUCUCAGCAUCCACCCUUCCCGGUCGUUGGUAUCUGUUUCUGAGUGGUCUGAACCACAGCCCCUCCCCAACCUCCUGCCGCCCCCGCCCCCGCAAGCACCUCCCCGCUCGUCUAAAGGGAACAAGUUGUGUAUAAUCUCCAAGAUCUCCCUUCCUAAAAGAUCACUGUCCCAGCGGCCGAUAAACCAGGGUAGAGGAGGGUCGUGGAUGCAGGGUCUCAGGCCUAUCACCCAAGAUAAUACCGCAGAAUGGAAUUGGGAGGUCCCCUCUGCGGGUUCCAGUGGGCUACAAAGCAUAUGCUAAUGUCCUACUGUGUGUGGAAGUAGGCUCGGUCCUCCCUCCCUCUUUAACUACGCUCUGUUACCAGAGCACACGGGUUUGGAGGCUGAGGCCUUUAGGAAGACCCCAGACCUAGAAGCGUCUAGGAGGAAGGAGGGGGAUGUGUUGCGCUAGACCGCUCACGCCCCUUCCUGGGUCGACCUGAAGGACUCCAGGGGCGGUUGGAACGGGGUGUACCCUAUGCCUAGACUACUUUCAUCUACCUAUAGGUCAAGGUCUCCUCCUCCCAGCAGCUCUGUUGUGCUGGGAUUCAAGCCCUUGGCCUCCUCCAUCUGUCCACCCGCAUGACCCCUCCCCACACACCCCAUUCUCCGUUUUGUUUAGUU